AUGGCCGCGAAGCUGACCCCUCCGGACAGAGAGAUCUGGUUGGAUGGCUUGCGAGGCGUCGCGGCAGUCAUCGUUGUAUGGUUCCAUAUGACGGCUGGAAAACUUGACACCCCCUACCAGUCCUUUUGGGACGCGCCAGCAUCUGCAAAUCGCCAUUUUUUUCAGCUUGUACCCUUUCGAACGCUUUUCGCGGGGCCGGGAAUGGUUGAUAUCUUCUUUGUCGUAUCUGGCUACUCUAUCUCAGUACGCCUGAUCAAACUACGUCACGAGGGCUCCUUCCUAGUGUUCUAUCAAAGAUUGACGAGUAGUGUGGUCAGAAGAAUGUUCCGGCUAUGCUUUCCGGUUGCAGUCAUGAUGGUGGGCAGCCAUGUGCUCUACUACGCUGGAGCUUAUACCAUUACGUUUAGAGCGGGCACUGGGUGUCCAGGCGCUGAGCCGUGGAGGUCCCCGGUUCCGCAUAUACAGUGUCUGGUCCGGUCUUUCAUUAGCAUCAUAAAUGCCGAGAAUAUCCAAAACCUUACACUCAACGAUCACUUCUGGACAAUCCCUGUCGAGAUCCGCGGCUCGAUGAAAGUGUAUCUGACACUGUUUGGGCUAUCGAACGUCCGCGAGCCAGUGAGAAAAUUGAUCAUAGUACUACUCUGUCUGCGAUCAUGGUGGAACGGAACGCCGGAGUUCAUGGCUUUCUUCUCCGGGGUUUUGUUCGCAGAAUCCAACGCUUCUGCAAUGAUGAAGCAACCCGAUAUGCAGACACUUGUGUCCUCUUCUCAUCGCGAUCAUCAGGACUCUAGUAAGGCAGACCUGAGACCAACCCGAAUGGCUACUCUAAUGAAGUAUCUGGUUUUUCUUCUUGGCAUCUACCUGGUUUCUCUGCCAAUAAGAAUCCAGUCCGACGGUUCUAUUGACGCAAACUUUCCGCCGGACUGGUUCUUUCUCAAAUUAUUCCCUCCACUGUCAUGGUGGAACACGGAAACAACGAUGCGCACAUGGCAUACGUUCGGCGCCAUCUUGGUUGUUGGUAGCAUGCGGGUGUUACAUCGACUGAGGGCACCUUUUGAAACCAGGGCAGCACAGUUCCUCGGUCACAUCUCAUUUAGCUUGUACCUCUGCCACCAGACGGUCCUUCGCAUCAUGUUACACUGGGCUCUGCACUGGACAAGUCUAUGCGUAACCGGCGUAGGCUAUCUUGACGCUUAUACACAGGGCAACUGGACAAUAGUUUUCGUGGCCUGGAUAUUAACAGUUCCUCUUAUAACGACUGUAUUGCUGCUGACAAGUGUAUACAUGGCAAAAGCAGUGGACCAAAGGAGUAUUGUGAUAGGAUCCAAAGUAGAGAGACUGCUUUGUAAAUAG